AUGGCGGGUGCCGCGCCGGGGCGGAUGGCUGAGCGGACGGACGGGAUGUCGUGGACAGUGUCAGUGUCGCACCAGGUGGUCUCUCUGCUGGCCGACGUGGACGGCGCGGUGGCGCGCGUGGCCUCGCUGGCGGCGCCACUGUCGCCCGGCGGACGCGACGCCGUGGUGGAGACGGUGCGCGCGCUCGCCGACGCCGUCACGCGACUGCGCGCCGAGAACAAGCAGAAGACGACCCUGCUGGAGGAGAGGACCGCCCACCUGCGGGACCUGAUCGUCACGCAGCAGAAGGAUGCCGCCCGUCAGGCUCUGAUGGAUGCCGAGGAGAGCGAGGGUCACAAGGUGGCAGCGCUCGACUGCGUGGUGCGCAGCCGCCGGCCGUCGCCGCCAGGCUCGACGCCCACCAGCCCCGCCGGCGGCGCCGCCAAAGCCAGCAGCCGGCCGGCCAGCGCCGAGUAGUGCCGCAU